AUGCCUUCUGGAGUUCUCCCCUUUGACUCCUCUGUUAACAAUUUAGAAGACUCCAGGCUUGGUCUCGUUUUUCGUGAUAGUAAUGGCAAACUAAGCGCUUGCGCGCAAGGGGUCUUUGACUACGCCUUGGAGAUUUCAUCCCGGAAGGCCUCGCUAGGCCGGAACUGCAGUUAUGUGAGCCGAUUAUCUAGCAAUAGACUAUAUUUGUUGCUAGAGAAUGCGGAGGGCAGAGCAUCAUUUUACGGGCAGGAGAUCGGCUCCGUACUGGCUGACAUGUCUUGGGCAAGAAGAGAUUCAGGGAUUCAUCACCGCUAA